CCUAACCCGUCUUUGGCUUCUCUCCUGAGGGGGGAAGGGGGUUUAGGACACUCUUUGCACUGGGCUCGCCUCGAGCCGACCCCUGCCACUUCUGAUAUUCCUGUUAUUUUCUGUUCCUCUUGUGGAGGCUUCGCCAGCACCGGGGCUGGGUCACGCCUCCUUGAGAGAUGUCAGCCCCCGCAGAAGAGUGCCGAACGGUCGAAACUCCUCAGGGGGCUGCUCCCAGGGACCCCUCACAAGCUGGGCCAAUCUUUCCCCCUCUCGUCCUUCCCUCCUCUGUCCUCCCUCGCCCCUCAGGUUGGUCCCAGGCUUGAGGUCCCUGCUGCUCUUCCGCCGCCCCCGCCGCCCGCCAACGUGCGGGACGAGGAGGACGAGGUGGCCGUGGGGGGGGCGCCGGCUCCGCGACGGCAGGGGCCGGGAGCCCGAGCGGGUGCACGCCCACGAGGUUGUCGUGCAGUUUCGGGACGGGCUUCCCUACCGAGUGGACCGCGCGCUCGUGGAGCGGAUGGUCCGGCACGGCUUCUUCAUGGACGUGGAGGAUGGCGCCAGCGCCACACACGGGCCGCUCAGCGUCGUGAAUUUCGACCUGGAGGUGCCCGACGAGGAGGUGGCCAGGGUCUCCACGGGCCAGCUGGCUGCAUCCCAGCCCUCGGCGCAGCAGAAGGCCGCCGCCGUGGCUGCCAUUUCCACAGGCGUCAUGGGCUCCGCCCUCGUGGCGGUGUGGGUCGCGCGCAGCCUGGUCUUGGUGCGGAGGCGCCAGCACGAAUGGCGCGGCAUUCCCGACGGCUCCCCGAAUCGCGACGCCGAGGAGUGAGGUGGUCUCUCGCUCGUCUGAGGGCACUCCCGUGCGCGAGACGCCCUCUGGCAGAGGUGCUGUGGGCAGGGGCACUCUCCAGGUGGAGGAGGAGGAGCGCUCGAGCGCCCCCCGGGGGAGCAGCGCCCCGCGGCGCCGCCCGGAGCCCGGCGGGCGCGGCGCCCGGUCCCCGCAGCACAAGGCCUCGGGGGCCGGCGGCCCGCCCGCUUGCCUCCUAACGCAUGCGGUUCAUCGCAGGGCCCUGCAUGUGAGCAGGAAUUCGGACAGUCUGGGGCGUGGCGGCGGGCCUCGGGGUGAGCUCGGCCUCCCCCCGACGGCCCCCCGCGCCCGCACGCGAAUUCGGCCGGGCCCGACGGCUCCCGCCGUGCCCGGAAGUCGGGAGCGGGCGCCUCGGGCUCUGAGCUCGGCCCCCCGGGGCGCCGCGCACGACGCGCGCAGGUGGGCACACCGGGAGCGGCCUCAACUCCCCGCUGCGCCGUCCCUUCGCCCUCUCUCUCUCUCUCUCGGAGGAGCUCCGAGGGGUCGACCCGACCCCACGCAUGCCCGCCAAUGAUGCUGCACGCGCCGGGGCGUUCGCACCGCGCCGCCCGGCCGGCCCCGUCUCGCUCAGAGUAAGAGCCUCUUGAGCGAGCCCGUCGUAGAGGUUCGUCCGCAGCGAGCGCCCCCGGAAAGAUGUCGCUGCUUCGGCGUUCAGAGCAGGAG